AUGCGCUCCCUAGACCCCAACGAGCAAUCCUCGCCGUCUUCAAGACACAGACACCCCUCCAAGACAUCUCCAGCCUCCGCCGUCUCAGCAAAGCAAGCUCUGAGAUCCUCCGCCAGCACCAGCAGACUGAGAAAGACACCGCCGGCACCGACAACUGGGCCCGACCCGUCCUCAUCUCCCGCUACGCCCACCACAUCCACAUCCACAUCCACAUCCACAGCUGCCACCACCACAACAGCUACAGCUACAGCCCUACCUCGUCAACCUCUCCUCCUGAAGCGAGAUCCCAACCAACACAAUGCACAGCGGUUGAUCAGGAAGAAGCAGCAGCAGAAGCCGUCACCGACCACCAUAACCGCCACUUCCACACCUGAUAAUACUGCAUCCACUUCUCGUCCUACUCCUCCUACUCCUCCUCCAGCGCCAAUAAUCCCCCGCAUCGUCACCACGCGUCCCAUGAAGUCGUCUGUACCGGGUCCAUUCUCCCGCAACAUGGCCCCCGGUAGCGGUGACAGUACCAACAGCAGCAGCAGCAGCAGCAACAGCAACAGCAACAACAACAGGCCCCGUCAGCCCCAACUCAGCGCCGCCUCCCUCAGAGCCGCCAACCGACCGCCCCUGACCCCCAAGGUGGCCGCAUCUUCGAAGCCCCCGACCCCCUCGCUCGUCUCGCCCCACGGGGGCCCCCGAAGAUUGACUGCCAGCAAGGACGACCGAUCCACCUCCUGCUCACCGUCCCCUUUCCCGCCAGGCAUCGCCCCCCGCCGCGGCCCGAGGCCGGAUCACGGCUUCGACACGCCCUCGUCGUCGUCCAGGUCGGCACUGGGCAUCUCGAGCUCGGCAUCCUUGACGAGCCAGCCCGACGGCCCAGACGCCAAGUUCUUCUACGCCAGUGCCGCUCCCGCCCCGCGACCGAGCUCACACCAGCCCCCGCCGCGGGAGCCGCAGCAGCAUCAGCAGCCGUUACGCCCCGUCUCAGUGCCCCAGAGACCCUCCAACUUCUUCCACGCCAAUGGGCUUCCCGUCGACGGCAGGAGGACCACCAGCCCCCCCACCGGCAGUCCCAACCCAUCCUUGACCCCCGUGCUCGCCGCCACGCCGGCACCCACGUCUACAAAGUUCUUCUACGCCGACGGCAAGCCCGACUACACCUCACGCCCGUCGCCGCCGCCGCCGCCGCCGCCGCUGCAGCAGCAGCAGCAGCAGCAGCAGGUGAACACCUCCGGGUCUGCGUCCACCCUGUCCGCCAGCUCUAGGGCGCCCAACUCGACGUCGAGACCGAUAUCGCCCGUCAGGGCGGCGUCGACGCUCUCGGCCUCACCGUCUCUCCAGACCGCGUCGUCGGCACAGACGGCCACGCGCCCGCAGGCAACGUCUCCCCCUUACCUGACCCCCGCGGCCAACGUGGGCGGCAUCAGGAGGCGCGUCAGCGUAGAGAGGCCGGCGCGGGAGCUGUCGUCCCCGUCGGCCGGUCCCAGGAGCCGCAACGGCAGCAUGAUAUCGAACAUCGAGCAGAACGCCAUCCCCCUGCCGCUGCAGCAGCUCCAGCCACCCCAUUCGCCGCAGUCGCCCCGCUCGGUGCUCUCGGCCUCGCCCCCUCUCAGCCCGGGCCUCAGCCCGGGCCUCAGCCAGCCGGUCGUGAGCAUGGCCUCCCUCCUCCAGGCGGCCGAAGACCUGGAAGAGGGGGGGGGCGAGGACGAGGACGGGGAAGACGGCUCGGUCAGGCACGGGGACGCGGGGGCCGACAGCAACGCGGAAGAGGGCCCGAGCGACGGCGACGUGAUCCCGUCCGGGACGCAGAGCCCGACCAAGUCGGCGCACUCGAGCAACGACGCGGUGAGCGAGCUGGUGGCCAACGCGCGUCGCGAGCGCAAGGUGCAGGACCUGGAGAUCCGCAACGCCUCCCUCGAGGCCAUCAACCGCACCCUGGAGCGCCAGCUGCGUCGGCAGACGGCCGAGCUCCGUCGGUACCGUCGCCUGUCCCGCUCCGGCCGACUAUCGGCCGUGUCCAGCCGGGUCACGUCGGCGGCCCUGACCGAGCCCCCGACCGACCUAUCAGAUCUGUCCGAGGCCGACGAGACGCUCGACAUCGACCGGUCCCUCUCCCUGCACGGGUCCGACCUGUCCCCCUCAGACGACGACCGCUCUAUGGACGACGGCGAGUCCGCGGACGGCCGCGCGGACGAAGAGGCGCACAUGGCCGCCAGGCGUAAGAGGGACGAGAUGCGCCUCCAGCUCGACCUGUCGAAGCACCAGGAGCUCCUCGUCGACAGCCAGAGGCUCAACACCAGCAUCAAGCGCUGCCUCGACUGGACAGAGGUCCUCAUCAAGGAAGGUAACAGGGCGCUGCGGUACCACGUCAGGGUGUCGGAUGUCGAGCUGGGAGGGCACAUCCUACCCCCACCGGACGAUGAUGCCGACGUCUACGUUGAUGCUGAUGUUGACGCCGAUGUCGACGAUGAUGCGUCGUCGCCUCCUGGUGAUGAUGCUUCCACGGUGCAUAUACCUGCUGCUGAGAAGACGCCUCCUGAUCGUGAUAGUGGUGUCGAGUUGCCUGUCGAUGCCUGA